ACGUUGACUAGCGCUGCCCGCGGGUUCGCUUGUGUUUUAGUGUUCAUGGAAUGCAUUGACGUUAUAGUUUACUUGCCUAAUACCCGGACGGCAACCCAAAACAUCAUUGUUGCAUUAUUAUACGCGCUUAACAUUAACCUAACCUUCAACCCAGACAUUUAGAACGACUUUUUAAACGUGUUCCGAUGAUUUAAUUCUCAACUAGCGGCAAAGAGUGGACCUCAGAAGUUGUAAUAUUUGCUGGAUCAUCUUAGAUCCAAGAUGAAUCUGGAGUGUGGCGGGUGUGCGAGCGAGGACGUCAAGUGCUUCUGGCUGGUGUUCCACCUGGACUACUUGAUAUACGCCGUCCUGGUGCUCAUCUUCAUUGGACUCUUCGUCUACUUUAUGAUUCACUGAUAUGGGGCUGGCGCGAGUUCAAGGCUACUAUGAAAUAGGACAUGGAAGACGGACACCACAAUGACCCAUUCAAAGAGUUCGCAAAAGGCCUCAACUCACCUGAAAUCAAAUCGAACGCUAGCAUACCAUUCGUCGACGACUUUGUAGAACUAGACCACGUUCAGAAUGAACCCGUCCGGCCGCAAAGACUUAAAGACCUCGAGAAGGGUUCCGAGCAUAGAGAUGGGAAAAUCCACGCGGCAGAUUUGGGAGCCAUAUGCUCGCCUAAUAGCGAUACCAUAGUACUGGAUACUCCUGAAGGAACUCUGUACAUAACUUUAGAUCCAGAAUCGGCAAAGUCAAGUAGAGCAAGUCCGACUAGUCCAAGCACUCAGUCUACGGACUUGACUGAUAGUUUAGCCAGUCCGAGCACUUCGAAAGCAGUUGGAGAUGAAUCGAGGGUGUUGGUAGAGAAUGAAAGGGAUGCGGAGCAGAGAAGAGCGAACUUACGGAGGAAUUCAAUAUCGAUGCCGACUCUACAGAACCUGGAGCAGGAGGUUUUGAGACAACAGUACAUGCAGAAUCCGCAAGAUGAGAUUCCCGAGCACCACCAGAGCUCGGCGUCAGGCUUCAGCGACGGCGAACCCACCUCCGGAGACAACAAUGAGGCCCUCACCGAUGACAACGCCACCAAAGUCCCUCUCCGCUCGCCGCGGCGGCCGCGCCGACUCCGCUCGGAGUUCAGCAUGGACGACGACGACUACUCGCCCAGCAACUCCGUCACGUCCGUCAACUCGCUCGCCAGCCUGCUGCGGGAGAAGCUGCAGAGCAUUCCCCAAAAGAUCCGCAAGAAGCCGACCGACUACAAGCUGCGGGCCUUCGUGGGGCUGAUGUUCUUAGCCGUAGCCUUCUUCGUGGGUUUCGCAUAUGUGCUGUAUCACCAGCAAGCGCUGACCAAGGCGUACUUUACUAGCGUACAGUUCAAUGAGCCAAAGAGGCUGGUCAGGAUCUUUAACAGCGAUGAGGUGGAGAUACUGAAGGCUAGAUUGGCGGUGAGCAUCCCCGGCAAAGGCGAGGUGUAUCCGUGCCUGCCGGAGCACCACCGCAGCGACGGCUCCGUGUGCCUCGAGUGGUUAAGACACCUGCGUCUGUACCUCAGGAGCUUCCCUCAUGACCCAGCAGUGGAUAAUACCACCUGCUACGAGGUCUACUGGAGAUCUUUGAGUCAUGAAGUCGACAACACCACCUGCUACGAGGUCUACUGGAAGUCUUUGAGUCACGUAUCUUCGUCGUCGUACCGGAGGCACCUGCGUCUGUACCUCAGGAGUUUCCCUCAUGACCCAGCUGUUGAUAAUACCACCUGCUACGAGGUCUACUGGAAGUCUUUGAGUCACGAUGUUUCCCCCAACGACUGUUUCGAUUGGAGCGACACCAAAGUGCACUGGUAUGGCGGAGGACAGUCCAUCAACGUUACUUGGCCCCUGAACAACGGCUCUAUUGAUUACACCCCUUUCGUCACCGGAGACAUACAUAAGGCACAGUGGGGUAAUGUGCUGACUAGGUACUUAAUCAACUCCAAAGGAGCAGCCCUCAUCAUUGAUGAAGAAACCCCGCUGUACGUUUCUGUUAAUGCGAAAUCCAAAGAAAUAUGUCUCAAAGCUAAAUAUGAUGAGUUCGCGUAUGCUAACCGAUUAACAGAUUACGCUGAAAUGAAAUAUAACAUCUGUACCUCGAAAGACAUGAAGUCCCUACAUUCAUCAAUCCAUAGCCACAGAAGUGCUCCGCUGUGGGACGGCCUAAAGCCUGCCGAUAUGCAAACUCUAGAGUUUCUGAUCUCUGAACCUGUAUGGCAAAUUGCACCAAGAUUCAAGCAUGAACUUCAAGUUGAAACCAUCUCCAAAUAUACUGAAGACGUCAUAAAUUUGGGUUUUCUAAAACAAGGGCACGUGCUCAUCAACGAAUUUUGGCAAAACGAAAUCGGUGAUCUGGCUGUAGAUACGAGCAGAUUUGAAACUUUAAACACUACAGUAGAUAAACUGCACAGACGAGGUUUUAAAGUUGCAUUUACUGUGCAGCCUUUUAUAAGCACUGAGAGUGUGAACUUUGCAGAAUGUGUUCAAAAGAGAUUAUUGAUUAGUGAAAGAAAUAGCGACAGAAGAAUACCAGCACUAACGAGGUUCAAGUCAUUGGCCAGUGCUGCUGUUUUGGACAUAACGAAUGAACGGUCCGUGCCAUGGAUUUUGAACAAAUUGCAAACUGUGAUCGACAAAUACCACAUAGAUUCCUUUUACUUCGAUCUCGGGUUAGCUUACGAUUUACCUCAUUACUAUCAGUGCGAAAAGAAGUUAGUCAAUCCGGAUCAAUAUAAAACACACUUCACGAAGACUUUCGAGAAAACUUUGAGUGUGAUAGGGGUGUCAUCGGCGGUGUCUUUGCCGAGACCGCCGAUAUUUGUAUCACUGCCGCCUUUAGAAUCUACAUGGGAAGCAUUACGGCUGGUCAUCCCUACAAUGCUCACCUACGGGAUUAAUGGAUUCCCGUUUAUUAUGCCAGGGGCUGUAGGCGGAGACAUUUACUGGCCAGGUAGCGAGCAGUUCCUGCCUUCUCCAAAGGGGUCGAUAGAUUUGAAUAUAACCAACAGCACCCAAGACAAUGGCAUCGCUCUGCCGGAGAGGGAGCUGUACAUGCGAUGGCUACAGAUGGCCACGUUCUUGCCAGUAAUGAAAUUUACCCACUUGCCGAGCAAAUACAACGACGAACGCGUUUUGGAAAUGGCGAAGAAUUUGACGUCGCUAAGGCAGAAAUUGGUCACGCCCCUUCUUUUGAAGUACAAGCGAGAGGCGCUAGAAGAGGGACUGCCUCUGAUCCGACCUCUGUGGCUGGUGGCCGGUGGAGACGCCGCGCUCCUGGUUCAAGACGAGUUCGCUAUUGGAGACGAGAUCGUCGUGGCACCAGUACUGCAUCAGGGACAGACUACUAGAGAAGUGUACCUUCCAGCUGGACUGUGGCAGGACGGAAUCGACGGAUCACUGCGGAAAGGCAACCGCUGGAUGCACGAGUAUAGAGUGCCAAUCGACCGAGUCGCGUAUUUCAUCAGGAAACCCGACGAUUUGAGGUUCAGAAGAUAGUACACUAUCGUUGGUCCAUUGACGGACGUAAUAUUCACUGAGCUAUGUUACGGCUUUUGUUUGGCUGUGGCGAGAUAUCAUUUUUUUUCGAUAUCGGAUACGGCCUCGACUACUUUCUUAUCUCUUUUUACUUCUGAGUAUCAUUUAUCGAUAGUAAGUUGAGACGAGUUAUUGGUAAGCUCAGAUGUGACUAUCCCAGUGCCAUUCCAACUUUAUUGUUAUCAUUCCAUUGAUAUUGGUCUAUUCUUAUCACUAAUAUUUGACAUAAAGAUUCAUGCUCUAACAGGAGUACUACCUGAUGAGGAAGAUAAUUAAGAAAUAACAAAAAAGUACAAAGUGAUAAAUACAAAUAGUAAAAAGUAAGAUAAAAUAUUAUAACUUGAAAUGCAAAAAAUAAAAUAAGUGAUAAAACAAACAUUGUAAUUUAAAUUAUUAAAUUAGGUACAUAAAGAAAUGAUAGAGUUGCCAAAAUCUAUCAAUUCUGAUGAUUUUAAGAACAAAAAUAAACCGUUUCUUUUUUGUAGUAGUAAUGAAAAUAAAUGGUGAUGCUAUUAUAAGAAUUAAGUGCAAGUGCAGAAUAGAGUAGGUAUUGUUGCGACCGUGAAAAUAGGUAGCAAUCAGUGUAAACUUGUAAGAAAUACCAAAAACUUAGAAAUGAAAAAUUUUGAUAGCGCAAAUCUAAGACUUGUGCUUUUAAUUUAGAAAUUUUACUAUCGCAGUGGUUCUAAUUUUGCGCACUAAUAACUUAAUUUUGUUUAUUACAUUUUUUUUAAAUCAAUUAAAAUUAAGGAUACAAAAUAAUUGGUAAGUGACAUCAAUACAGUGAGUCUCAGAUUUUAUAACCCUGCGCAUGUAAAUAUUUUUAAACACCGAUGAUUUAAGUAUAACGAGCAUCGUUAUUACACAAUCUAGUCCUUAAUAAAGUAACACAAUACAUUAAAAUUAAUUUAAGUCUUUAUUUCGUCGCUGAAAAUGAAAUUAUAUUAUUAUUGUUUGUUGUUGCUUCGUCGUGAUAGUUUUGUGCUUCAUGUGUCUUUAUAUUAUGUAGUUUUAUUGAUUUGUAUGAAGUAUGAGUAUGAAAGUACUAAUAAGUAUUAUGUGUUUCGAUUCAAUAAAGAUAUUUUUGUCUAAUAAUUUUCUAAACUACCGAUAGUAUCUAUUAUUGCCUUCAGGUAUUUUUUGUUGGUAGGUACAUAAUUGUGAUUCAAUUGAAAUGUAUAUUUAUUUUAAUUAAUUUUUGAUUUAAAAUUUGUGAAUACCUAAUAAAGUUGUUGGUAGGUACCAACCAUGAGAAA